AUGAAGCACCUCGCUAAAAUAUCAUAUUUGGCGUCCUCUGCAUCCCGCCAUGGCGCUGCAGUACAAAGGAGAGCCUUUCAUGGGUCGGCACUGCGCUAUGCCAUUACCAACCUCCAAAUGCCAGCCAUGUCCCCAACGAUGACCGAGGGUGGUAUCUCGCAGUGGAAGAAGAAGGAGGGAGAGGAAUUUUCUGCUGGUGAUGUUCUCUUGGAAGUCGAAACAGAUAAGGCUACCAUCGACGUCGAGGCUCAAGAUGAUGGUAUUAUGGGGAAAAUCAUAUUACCAGACGGUGCGAAGAACGUCCCUGUCGGCAAAGUAAUUGCACUUCUUGCAGAAGAAGGUGACGACAUUUCAAACCUACAACCACCUAAAGAGGACUCCACUCCUUCCAAGAAGGAAAAAGAGCCUACACCACCACCUCCAUCCAAACCCAAGCCCCAAGAGACGAAGGCACAACCUCCACUUUCGGAGCCUGCUUCAAAGUCUGCUUCAAAGCACCCAAAACAUUCACGACCUUUGUUCCCUUCUGUCCUUCGCCUUCUGCAAUCCAGCAAUAUCGAGAAUCCUGAAAGCAUCAAAGGUACAGGUGUCCGUGGAAUGCUAACGAAAGGGGAUGUCUUGGCGCAUCUUGGAAAGGCUUCGAGUCCCACUGGAACGUAUAAAGAAGGAGUCAAGAAGGAAGGGAAGGCUGAGAAGAAGGAAGAGAAGCCCAUCGACGCCGCUACAUUGCGCAAAGCCCUCAUAUCCAAUGUAAUUGCACAGUCGCAAAGUAGCGCAUCUGCUCAAAAAGCUCCAGUAAGCUUUGAUUCCAUCCUUGCAUUCUAUGCACCAACAGUGCGCCCUUCGACAUCAACGGAGGAAGUACUUGCCGCACCCUCGUCCCCAGAGCCACCUGUACCUUCCAAAUCAAAGAACAAGGAGAUGGAUUUCAUCAAUUCUUUGUUUUAA